GCCGUUCCGCGCUUCCGCCCGCCCGCCCGGCGCCAUGGCGGCGAAGGGGGCCGCGGCCGGCGCCGGGGUGCUGCUGGUGACGGCCAACGUCGGGUCCCUCUUCGACGACCCAGAAAACUUGCAGAAGAAUUGGCUUCAGGAAUUUUAUCAGGUUGUUCAUGCACACAAGCCCCACUUCAUGGCUUUACACUGUCAGGAAUUUGGAGGAAAAAACUAUGAAGCUUCCAUGUCUCAUGUGGACAAAUUUGUUAAAGAGUUAUUAUCAAGUGAUGCAAUGAAAGACUACAACAGGGCUCGAGUUUACCUGGAUGAGAACUAUAAAUCACAGGAACAUUUUACGGCUCUAGGAAGUUUUUACUUUCUUCAUGAAUCUUUGAAAAACAUCUACCAGUUUGAUUUUAAAGCUAAGAAGUAUAAGAAGGUUACUGGGAAAGAAAUCUACUCAGACACUUUAGAAAGCACACCCAUGCUGGAAAAGGAGAAAUUUCCACAGGAUUAUUUCCCUGAGUGCAAGUGGUCCAGAAAAGGUUUCAUUCGAACAAGGUGGUGUAUUACUGAUUGUGCCUUUGACUUGGUAAACAUUCAUCUUUUCCAUGAUGCUUCCAAUUUAAUUGCUUGGGAAACAAGCCCAUCGGUUUACUCAGGAAUACGGCAUAAGGCUCUUGGCUAUGUGCUUGAUAGAAUUAUAGAUCAGCGGUUUGAGAAAGUUUCUUAUUUCGUCUUUGGAGAUUUCAACUUUAGACUGGAUGCCAAAGCAGUAGUAGAGACGCUAUGUGCGAAGGCUACAAUGCAGACUGUCCGGGCAGCUGACACAAAUGAAGUAGUCAAGCUAAUAUUUCGUGAAUCCGAUAAUGACCGAAAGGUUAUGCUACAAUUAGAAAAGAAGCUGUUUGACUAUUUUAAUCAAGAUGUUUUUAGAGAUAACAAUGGCACUGCGCUUUUAGAAUUCGACAGAGAGCUGACAGUCUUUAAGGACAGAUUGUAUGAACUGGACAUCUCAUUUCCUCCCAGUUACCCGUACAGCGAGGACUCCAGCCAGGGAAAGCAGUACAUGAAUACACGAUGUCCAGCCUGGUGUGACAGGAUCCUGAUGUCCCACUCAGCCAAGGAGCUCAUUCUGAAAAGGCACUGAACCAGCUGAGCUAGUUACAUGUGCCAACAUGCGCUGCUUCUGUUUUUUCCUGUGUGCUUGGUCAUGGCAAGAACAUGAAGAUCUGUUCUGUUAUGCUGUCAGUUCCUAAAAGACCCCAGACCAUCAGGAAAUCAGUGCAGGAGGAGAUGUCAGCCACGGCUUUCUGCUCUGUGUGAGAUCCCUCCUGCUGUGCGAGCAGUGGCCAUAACUGCCGUGCAGAAAGGACUGUGCUGUGACUUCUCAGCCCUGCUGCACAGAGGUUGUUUUGCUGACCAGAUUGUCUGACUGUCGUGUGCAUAACAGUCUUACAAAUGCUGAAUUGCCCAAAGUCAUCUGUCUAUCUGUAUUUUUCUCUAUAACCAGUACAGUUUAACAGGAAGUAAUCUUUGCAUUUAAAUCAUUUUUUCUUCCAUUUAAAGUAAUGAAACCCUCGAAACUUGGUUCCCUGAAGUUUAUAACCUUCCUGUUCUCUCUCCCAUCAGGGCUAUUUACCUCAUGAUUAGACUGUUUGCUUUGCAGUAUAUAACUCACUGAAAGGCUGAGAACAUUUUUAUGUAGCUACUCACAUUUCAGUCCAGCAUACUUCCUCACACAUUAAUGUAUGUGUCCGCAUGAUAUCUUGAAGUUUCACCUAAAAUUUUAGACAAUGUGUGUAUUACGGAACAUAAUGAAAAAACAUUAUAAAGCCUGGAGGAAUAUAGGCUUUGUAAUAAGAACAGUAAUGUCAGAAUCAAUGUCAUUUGAUCUUCUUCUACGGAACUAGAAUAGGCAAAAUUGAGGCUCUACCCAAAAUAUUAAAGAUAGCGCCUGGCGCCCCUGGAAUUCCUCAAGAACAAAGGAUUAAAACCAUGGAAAGAGUGGCCAAUGGGGCAAGAUUUUUUUUUUAAACUAUGAAUAAGGAGAUAGAAGUGUACACAAAGGCUUGAAGAGUGUAAACAGUACAGAGGGAAAGGAAUUCUUUCAGAUUAUCUGGGGGGUAUAACUUGGAUAUAAUGGGAGAAAAUUAAACAAAAGAAAACAAAGGUAGAGCAUUAAAGAAGUUAGUAGCUGUGAGGUCAGUUAGCCAGUUUUUGGUCUCAGUGGAACAGAAAUGCAGUCAGCUGGAUCAUUCAGGGCUUACGUUUUAAAGCUGCACGCUGUUUUUUCACUGCAGUUUUGUACUUUCAAAUCAGGAGCGUGCAGUCUGGGGCAUUUCCAGAAACGUGUGUGCAAAACUACAAGUAUGAAGGAAGCCAGACUGGCAUGGGUGUGUAACUCUGUGAGCUGAUACCAAGGAAAGAGUUAGCUUAUCUGGCUCAAAAAUAAACUGUAAUUGUGGCUCAUAAAAUUUAUUGAAUAUAUUAAAUGGAAAAGAACCAAUAGAGGAAAGAGCGAAAUGGCAGUACUCAUUUCUGUGGUUUUGUGCAGCCAUCAGUAUUUGCUUUGCCACUGAGAAUGUACUUCACUGCAGAACCUUACGCUUUGAAGCUUAGGAAGGAGCUUAAGAAACAAAAAGCAAGUUUUAAUUAACUAAUUACAGUAUAAUAAAUCCUAAAAUUUAAAUGUAUAUCAAUUUUUAUAUAUUUUUGGUGUGUUCCAAUUAGCUAUUGGAAAUUCUUACGAGGGUAACUGUUUUGCUGUAUUAAUUCUUAUAGGCAAAUAAAGAGUUUGUUUUUCUGCUUUGGCA